AUGAAGGGUGAAAUGAAGUUUGAUGUUCGAAAAUGUUUGAUUGAUUGGGCGAUGAAUGAAUGGAUGUAUGUAUGGAUGGAUGGAUGCACGAAUGAGGAUGAGAGGUUGAGGUUGUACGAAUGUAUAAAUUCAACGGUUUCCUCUCCCAAUGGAAUGAAGGAGUUGAAUAGAAGAGGGAGGGAAGAAUCGGGAGUUUUGUGUAGUGUAGAAACUGUACUGAGUAGUAGUAGUAGAAGUAGUGUGGUCAAGAAGAAGUUGGAUAUUGAUGAAGUCUCUUAG